AUGAACACCAACGUCUGCGUGGAGCCGGGCCCGGGCCCCGAGGCGCCGGGGCUGCCCAAGGAGAGCCACCUGCCCGAGGGCGCGCUGGGCGGCCUGGUGGAUUACAACUCGGAGAUGGAGCGCUACCGCUCGUUCGCCUCGUCCUUCUACAAGAGCGGCGGCGGCGCCUUCCCGCAGGCCGCCAAGAUCGCGCGCAUCACCACGCCCAUCUUCCCGGGCAGCGCCGCGGCCGCCGCGGCCGCCGCGCGCAUCGGCAUGGCGCCCUGGAACUGCGACAACGCCGCCACGGCCGCCGCCGCCACGGCCAUGCUCUGGGGCAGCGGCGGCGGCGGCGGGGCGGCGGCGGGCGCGGCGGGCGCGGCGGGCGGCGCGGGCGGCGCGCGGAAGUCGGCCUCGGCGGCGGCGGCGGCGGCCGCGGCGGCGGCGGCGGCGGCCCUGCUCCCGGCGGGCGCGGCGGGCGCGGGCGCGGCGGGCGCGGGCGGCGCGGCCGGGGCGGGCACGGGCGCGGGCGCGGGCGCGGGCGCGGGGCGGGCCGGCCUGCACCACCGCGGCGACGCGCCGCGCCUGGCCAAGCCGGGCUGCGCGCCCGAGCCCGCGCUGCAGAUGGCCAACUCCAACUUCCUGCCGGCGCUGGCGCCCGAGCACUGCCGGCCGCUGGCCGCGGACUGCAUGCCCAAGCUCAAGUGCGGCGCGGCCGACGCGGACCUCAUGAACCUGCCCGAGCGCGUGGGCACCUUCCCCGCGCUGCCGGCGCUCGGCGGGCUGUCGCUGCCGCCCGGCGUGAUCGUCAUGACGGCGCUGCACUCGCCCGCCGCCGCCUCGGCCGCCGUGUCCGACAGCGCCUUCCAGAUCGCCAACCUGGCCGAGUGCCCGCAGAACCACGCGGCGGCGGCGGCGGCGGCGGCGGCCGCGUCCUCGGCGGCCGCGUCGUCCGGGGCGGCGGCGGCGGCGGCGGGCGGCGGCGGCGGCGGCGGCGGCGCGGCCACCCCGGCCAAGAAGAAGCGCAAGCGCUGCGGGGUGUGCGUGCCCUGCAAGCGGCUCAUCAACUGCGGCGUGUGCAGCAGCUGCCGGAACCGCAAAACCGGACACCAGAUCUGCAAGUUUAGGAAGUGCGAGGAGCUCAAGAAAAAGCCGGGCGCGUCGCUCGAGAGAACACCUGUUCCCAGCGCCGAAGCAUUCCGAUGGUUCUUUUAAAGCAGAGAGUAGUAGAUCUUAUUUGCAAGGCAUUUGGAAGUGAGAGGCACACUCAUGUCUUGUUUUAAGAAACUGCUUAGUCCACCACUGAAGAAAAUAUCCAGAUAUUAUUUUCAUUUUAUGUAUAGGGGUUUCUUCAAAAUAAAAUGAAAGGAAAGGAAAAGAAAAGAAAAAAAGACAUAUAAAAUGCAUCUGGGUGAUUGGGAAACUGGUUAUUCUGUUUCCUUCCAAUACCCUGACUUUCUUUGAUGUAAUUUAGUGAUCCUAGUGAAGUUGUUGUCUAUUUUGCAAGUGACUGUAAAAACUAAGUUUGGGUAAACCCCUGCUGUAAAAUCCUGUAUCUUUUUAAACUUACAUAUCUAUACUUCAUCUUCAAAUCUAUGUGUCUCAGUACUGUAAACUGUACAGAUAGCCAGCUUGUAUUUUGUGUGUUUAGACACAAGGAGACAAUCACGUCUGAGCAUCUAUGGAGAUUAACAGUUUGUACAUGACAGUAUGGUUCUGCGAGUUAACCCUAGAGCAAUAAAUGUUAGCUUUAACGCCUUUUUUUUUGCCACUUUUUUCGGAAGCAGGAGCAACAGCGGCAUGUGGGCCAUGUGGCUUCCCGUAAGACUCUGUGCCAAGGAGUAGGAGACUAAUGAUGAUCGUGCAUCUCCAGUUUCCUCCCGUCAUGGUUCUAAGAGGGAUGAUGUUGCGAACGUUUUGCGUCCCCUUUGGAGCACUGUAUUAGAAUAGUGGUUAUGCACUUGCCUUGCUUACAAACGAGCUGUACAGAAGGGUAACCCUCCCGAAUCCUUAGCGUAGUUGACUUGUCUUGAAUUGCACUGUCAGACGGGGUCCCUGGGGUAGUUGGAAAAUGCAGAAUCAGUUGUAUAAAUUCUUUUGGAAAAGUGUUUUCUAGUAUACAGAAUAAAGGAUCAUAUUUUAGCAGGAGAAACUCAUGACUAACUUUUAUUUCCCCAGACCCUCAUGUAUGGGCUGUAUGUAUUUUUGUUUAUGUUUUGGUUAUUUUUGGUAGGAAAAUAGCGAUUUAAUAAAACAUGUCCAAGUGGGUUUCAUUCCA